GAGACUUUGGGGGGUGGUUGUAUUUUUAGGGGGCUGCUUUUCACCCUGGUUGGGGGGGGAAAACGGCAACCCCAAAAAUGGAAUAAAAACGAGUUUAUUGCAGACUCUGCCAAUAAAUCAUUCUGAGGUCUGACGUCACUCUCUUCCGGGUCAUGACGUUGCGGAGGUGGGCGAGAGCGUUGGCGGCGUUGCCAUUGGCGACGGGCGUGCCUCCGACGUCAGGGCCACGCAAGGCUCUCCCCCCUCCCGUUCGGGGGGAAGAGGACGCUCUUGUGAUGCUGAGGAGGGUACGCCCACCGCAACGUCGACGCGCGGCCAGCCACGACCCUUCUGCUGCCCCUUCUGCGCCUGCGCGGCACCCAUGUCCCCGCCCCCUUUCCUGACGGUCAGUUUUCCGUUAGGGAUAAACAAGGAGGCGCUGCUCACCUCCCCCCCCCCGCCGGCGCAAAGUGGUUCCUCCCAACGCCUGCCGGGCGGGCCCAUUCCGGGAAGCCGGGAGGGGGGGCGUCCGGGAGGAGGCGUGGCCACCCCUCCGGAGGCGAGCGUGGCACGGCCCACAGCGGCGGCCGGAGCGGGGCGGGCGAGACCAAGGGGGCGCCGCGGGGGGGAGGCGGGCGGAAAAGCCGGGGACGGAGGCGCGGCGGCGGCGGCGGCAGAAGCGCUAAAAUGGCGUCGGCCGGGCCCGAGUCCGGCGGGAGCAGCAGCAGCAGCAGCGGAGCCGCCACGGGGGCUCUCUCCGCUGCAACCUUCAAGAAGUCCUUGGAGGUGCCAGGCUCCUCCGGGCACGGGUCCUCGCAGACCAUCAAGAAGGGCCACCGGAGCGUGGACUCCAGCGGAGAGACUACCUACAAGAAGACGACAUCCUCCGCUCUCAAAGGCGCCAUCCAGCUGGGCAUCACCCACACGGUGGGCAGCCUCAGCACCAAGCCAGAGAGGGACGUCCUGAUGCAGGAUUUCUAUGUGGUGGAGAGCAUUUUCUUCCCCGGCGAAGGCAGCAACCUGACCCCGGCCCACCACUACAACGACUUCCGCUUCAAGACCUACGCCCCCGUGGCCUUCCGCUACUUCCGGGAGCUUUUCGGCAUCCGGCCGGACGACUACUUGUGCUCCCUCUGCAGCGAGCCCCUGAUCGAGCUCUCCAACUCGGGCGCCAGCGGCUCCAUCUUCUACGUCUCCAGCGACGACGAAUUCAUCAUCAAGACCGUCCAGCACAAGGAAGCGGAGUUUCUGCAGAAGCUGCUGCCCGGAUACUAUAUGAACCUGAACCAGAACCCCCGGACGCUGCUGCCCAAGUUCUACGGCCUCUACUGCGUCCAGGCGGGCGGCAAGAACAUCCGCAUCGUGGUGAUGAACAACCUGCUCCCCCGCUCGGUGCGCAUGCACCACAAAUACGACCUCAAGGGCUCCACCUACAAGCGCCGGGCGUCGCAGAAGGAGCGCGAGAAGGUCUUCCCCACCUACAAGGACCUGGACUUCCUGCAGGACCUCCCCGACGGGCUCUUCCUGGACCUCGACAUGCACAGCGCCCUGUGCAAGACCCUGCAGAGGGACUGCCUGGUCCUGCAGAGCUUCAAGAUCAUGGAUUACAGUUUGCUGGUGGCCGUUCACAACCUGGAUUUGGCCCAGCGGGAACGGGCGGUAGCCGACGGGGCCUCCCUGGCAGACACACGCCGGCCGGCCGGCCAGAGGGCCCUCUACUCCACCGCCAUGGAGGCCAUCCAGGGGGAGGCCCGGCGGGGGGGGCCCAUCGAGACGGACGACCAGAUGGGAGGCAUCCCGGCCCGAAACGCCAAGGGGGAGAGGCUGCUCCUGUACGUGGGGAUCAUUGACGUGCUGCAGUCCUACAGGUUCAUGAAGAAGCUGGAGCACUCCUGGAAAGCCCUGGUCCACGACGGGGACACGGUCUCUGUUCACCGGCCGAGCUUUUACGCCGAGAGGUUCCAGCGCUUCAUGUGCCAGGCGGUUUUUAAGAAGAUUCCUCUAAAAUCCUCCCCUUCGAAAAAGAGCCGCUCCGGAAUGGGACCCCCUCGUCGGCCGGGGCAGACCGGGACCCCCGCCCAGGCACUGAGCGAGACGAAAGUCCAGGUCACCAUGGAGGCCGAGAUGGAGCCAGGUUCCCAGCUGGGGCGGCCCGACCUGCUCCCCCAGACGCCCCCCGUCGAAGAGGCCAACAGCGACUCGGCGGCGACCACUUUAUCCACCUCGUCCCUGGGCAGCCCCGGGCACAGCUCUCCAGCCAGCCGCUCAAUGGGGGCAGAAGCGCCCCCACCGGACACCCCCAAGGACCCGGCUGUCUUCCACCUGGAAAGUGCUUCCCCCAGCCCUUCCGUCACAGGACAUCCUUCUGAGCUGAUCCAGCCACUUGGAGAUUUGGCCGAAACAGAAAUCAACUGCUGAAAGUGUCCUUUUCUCCUCCUGGGGGAGGAACGCGAGCAGAAGAUCUUCUCCACACUCUGCAUGGCCUGUCUCUUUGUGACGGGGGGGGUCUGGAAGGGGUGGACCAGCCCCACCGCCCCUUGGAACUGCUGACACCACAAACUCCUUUGGACUGAGCAGAGCCCACCUGGAACCCCCCUCCCAGGCGGCCCAGCUCCGGGGGCGCAGGGGCUCACACGGAAAGGCGUUCCAGCCCCCUCCAGCCUGGGGCAGAGGACGGAGCGGCCCAGCCUUGGGGGAGGGGGGCUUCAGAGGAGGGAGGCGUCCAGAGGAGUGCUGGCGCAGCCCCUCUCCCCAAGCUCCCCACAACGACCAUUCCAUACUCGCUUCCUCCUGGGGGGUUGUGGAGACGGAGGCUGCCCCACUUGGAGAAGAUUUCAAGAGACAAACUAUUAGCUUUCCUAAAGUAUAGUGAUUUUUCUUCUCUCCUACAUUGCCAUAUUGGGGAGGGGGGCCUUUUUGGAAAGGCCGGGAUCCUCUUAGCCGGCCUGUAUCUGCGGGGGAGAGGGGAGCCCCCUUUUCAGUGCUGUAUCAUGGUGGAAGGGGGGUCCGGAGCCUCCCCUGCACCCAUCUCCCUGCUCCAGGACACUUGUGGGCCUCGAUUGGUUGGCCCCCACCAGCCCACCCACCUUUGCCGACCGUGACCUCCGGGCCUCCCUGCCAGGCUCGCCCAGAGGGAUGGGAGUCCCGGCGCAGCUGCUUCGCUCAAUGCUGCCAAGUACAGUUUUCCAGUGGUUUUCAGUAUUGCACUGACGGACCAAACUUCACCGCCUCCCGGCUUUGUGGCGAUGGGAGAUUUCAGUAUUAAACCCCUUUUUUGAGACGCUUGUAAAAACUUCAGGGUUUUUCUAGCUCUGCCUUCGACCUCCUUUUUUUUUAGCAAUCUGUAAGAAUGGUCACCCCGACUUCUUUUGCACGUAUGGAGGGAAGUCCCCCCCCACCCCCCUUUCAAGCAUUGGGUUGCGUUCAGAGAGGGCAAGGUGGCUUUCCCUGCUCCAAGCACGUUUUUCUGGCCCGGGUUAAAGGCUCCGCAGGGAAGAAUUCUCGGAAGUGGAGGCUGUUCAGUAAAGGUUUUAGGGUGCUGUCGAGAGGGACAUAUCACUUAUCUGGGAGGGAGAAGACGUGUGUUUUUUUGUUCCUCCCGGACCAUAUUUGGAAGGGAGAGCAAGGAAGACGGAAAAACGACUGUUGUGUUCCCAGUGAGUUUUAUAGAUAUUUUUGUGAAGCGUUUGACGAGAAAACAGGCUAGCAUCGAAUGUUGGCUGCAGGGAAAGGGGGCGACUCAGGCCCUCAGUGAAGGUGAGAUCAGGGUAAAUAAAAAGGCCGAUUCUAUUUUUGAGAAAAAAAGAAUGUUGAAAGGGAGCAGUGCAUCUGUUACACCUCCAAAAGCAUACUAAUGUAUAAAUCACAUGGCUGGUUGUGACUUAUGGGAUCUGCCUUGAGAAGCCCCCCUAUUUUUUUGGAGGUGGGGGGUGUCAUCUUGUUAAACUUGAGCCUUUGAAUCUCUCCCCCAAACGGUUACACACAUGUUAAAAAAGAAAUGUCUACAUUAGACCGGUUUGGAAGUUUUCCUGCCACAAAUGUAUGUAAUUUAUAAACUUAUAUUUCAAGUCUC